CAGCAUCAGUGAGUGAAUUUCCCUUGAAACAAUCUUCAACCAUCGCCCCAAAUCUGAAAUGGGCAAGUUCAUGAAGCCUGGGAAGGUGGUGAUGGUCCUAGCUGGACGCUACGCCGGGCGCAAGGCUGUCAUCGUCAAGAACAUUGAUGAUGGCACCACCGACCGUCCUUACAGCCACGCUCUGGUCGCAGGCAUCGACCGCUAUCCCCGUAAGGUGACCACAACCAUGGGCAAGAAGAAGAUCGCCAAGAGGUCCAAGAUCAAGGCCUUUGUGAAGGUGUUCAACUACAACCACCUCAUGCCCACCAGAUACUCUGUGGAUAUUCCUCUGGACAAAACUGUUGUCAACAAGGACGUCUUCAGGGAUCCUGCUCUCAAGCGCAAAGCCAGGCGGGAGGCCAAGGUCAAGUUUGAGGAGAGGUACAAGACGGGCAAGAACAAGUGGUUCUUCCAGAAGCUCAGAUUCUAACUUCACUUGCUUUCACAAAUAAAUGUUUAAAAAAUGGA